AAAAAGAAGGGAAAAGAAAAAAGAAGACGACAUCAAAAUACGGAGGCCAUAGCCAAAACCAGGCAGGCAACCACCACCUCAUCGUCAAAGUAUUGGCUCAACUACCGUUACCUUAUUGACCAAAAAGGAAGAAACAGAGUGUAUAUAAAUAUUUAAAAUAUGGAAGGUAUUGUAGUAAGAAGGGUUAUUCCCUCAGACAAUAGUUGCCUCUUCAAUGCGGUUGGGUAUGUUAUGGACCAUGACAAGAAAAAAGCUCCUGAGUUGAGACAGGUUAUAGCAGCAACUGUAGCAAGUGAUCCAACUAAUUAUUCUGAAGCAUUUCUCGGUAAACCAAAUGAAGAGUAUUGUGCUUGGAUUCUUGACUCUGAGAAGUGGGGAGGUGCCAUAGAGCUUUCAAUAUUAGCAGAUUAUUAUGGGCGUGAAAUUGCAGCAUAUGAUAUUCAAACUACACGUUGUGAUUUGUAUGGUCAGGAGAAGAAGUAUUCCGAAAGGGCUCUGCUGAUCUAUGAUGGGCUUCAUUACGAUGCUUUAGCUAUGUCACCCUUUGAGGGAGCUCCAGAGGAGUUUGAUCAGACUAUAUUUGCAGUUAGGGACAGUACCAUUGGGCCAGUUGAGGGGCUCGCUCUUAAUCUUGUGAAAGAGCAACAAAGUAAAAGGAGAUACACCGACACUGCCAACUUCACUUUGCGCUGUGGGGUGUGCCAACUUGGACUAGUUGGCCAGACGGAGGCUGUGGAGCAUGCACGAGCGACAGGGCAUGUCAACUUUCAAGAAUACAGAUAACAGAAACAUAGUCCCAAUUUCAUUGCAGUGUAACUCCUUUGUAUUCACUUAUUGUUUCAAUGUCUGUCAAAUAAGUAUAACGUUGGACGUCGCGAUUUAUGUAGUCUGGGAAAUGUUGUACUGUACCAACAAAAAGAACAAACAUAGAAAAUUACUGUUGUAGCAGGUUUUUACCAUCAUUUUAUGGGUUGUAUGUUCUGGUGAAUCGAUUGAAUACCCUUUACCU